UUGUGUUUAAUUAAUUUAUUAAAAUAUAACAUUGAUAUGGCCACUUAUGAGGAAGUCAAGGAUGUUCCAAAUCAUCCGGAGAAGUACCUCUUCGACGUCCGCAACGAGUCGGAGCUGAAGGAAACCGGUGUCCUGCCCGCCAGCAUUAACAUUCCAUUGGCCGAGUUGGAGAAGGCUCUUAACCUGCCGGACGAGGCCUUCGCCGAGACCUAUGGACGCGAAAAGCCGGCAAUCGAUGCGGUCCUGAUCUUCUCCUGCAAGGCGGGAGGACGCGCCGCUAGGGCGGCUAAUCUGGCCAGCACAUUGGGCUUCACCAAUGCCAAGUCCUAUGCCGGAUCCUGGACGGAGUGGCAGGCGAAGCAGAAUUAAUACCCUAUAAACAUGCAGUCUAUACAAAUUUGAUAAAAAAUUCUAUAAAAUUCCAAAUACUACAAUAAUAAUAAAAGAGUCAAACAAACUA